UUUUCAUAUUCUGUGGCAAGAGGCAAUAUCUUUUGCGUUUUCUCAACGGAUGUUUUUUUCGUAUUUGCAAAAACUUGUAUUGCAAUUUGCAAUCAUUAUUUGAUUAUUAUUGAUCCAAAUGGACAUGGACAAUCAGGAGGAGGUUAUCAUGGAGGAAGGAGAGCUUUCCUCCGAUUCUUGUGACAAUUAUACCCCCCUAGAAAGACCCCUAAAUUAUAGUAAAGUUCCUCCGCCCGUUAUUGACGACUCGGAGAGUGAAGAGCAAGAUCAUUCUAGUGAUGCAGAUAGUGAUGACUCUACAAGUGAUCAGCGUAAUAAAUCUAAAAGGCCGAAAAUAAAACUGAAACCGAGGGCCGCUAAUACUUCUAAUAAAAAAAAAAAAUUUGAUAUAUGGACCACUAAAGUGCAGGAAGAUGUUUUAUCUGAAACACUGAAUAGUUGUGAUGUGACUCAGAAAGAUAGAUCUCGUGAUGUAGAAAGUUAUGACUAUACAAUAUCUCACAGAUAUGAAGACUUCACAAGAAAUGGAAGUAGUAAUAAAAGGACUAGGGAAGACAGAUCAAAUAUACACCGUAGACUGGGGAAAAGAGAUGAUAAAGUCAAAGAAAAAAAAGGUGCUAGUCGAAAAAUAUUAGAUCUGGAUACCAAUAAUGAAAAUACUGAUGAAGAAAUAGCUAAGGAUAUGGCCAAUAAAUUAUGUGAGCUGAAAGAAGACUUGAUGGUGAGAUCUCUGAAGUUAAUUGGAAAGGAAAAAUGCAUUGAGAUCUUUAAGAAAACACAGGAAAUCGAAGCAGAUGGAGGCAUGUCCGUAAUGAAUUUCACUAGGCGCAGAACCCCAGGAGGUGUUUUCUUUUAUUUAAUGAAAAUGGAUGAUAGUAUUGAACAAAAGGUAAAAACAGAAAUAUUUAUUGAAGAACGAAGACGUGAUUCCAAGGAGAAAAAGAAAAAACAGGCUCUCAAAUGGAAACAGCAAAAAGAUAAAGAAAGGGCAAAAAUUUUACCCGAAUUACUCUCCAAGGCGGAAUCACUCAUUGAGAACAGACAUUUGAAAGAAGUUUCUGAAGCAGUAUUCAAAAAUCCUCCGCCAACCCCUGAAACCGAUGGUCAUGAAAAUAGCUGCGAUGAUAUUGAAUGCACCGCCUCAGCCGAACAUUCUAAACUGGACAAUCAAACUUUAGGGGAAAGAGACUCUCCAGUUGUGUAUAAUGAUGAUAUUCUGGAUAUUCAGGGUUCGAACAUGGACAUGUUUUGACUUAUUUGUUCAUCAAAUUGGUAGGAUAAAAGAAUACCAAAUUUGCGGACACAGAAAGGUUGGGUGGUUACAAGUGAGCGGAGUUAAUCAGGAAAUAUGUCCUUUAUUUAAAGUGUGAUUAAAAUGUGUUGAAUCAUUACAGAAUCAAAUUUUUUGUAAAAUAUAAGUUGUUUAUAAA